AACGACGCAAUGGGAACUGUAUAAUGGCCGCCUUCGAAUCCUGAGACAAGGUUGCAUUGGAGGUAUUUAAACAGUUAUGGCGUUUGCAGCACCGAAGAACACAGAUGGAGCCAAGUUACAAACCAAAAUGAGCACAUGGACUCCAUUAAACCACCAGCUCAUGAAUGACAAGGUGUUUGAAGAAAGAGGAUCCUUACUCGGAAAGUGGUUUGACAAGUGGUCUGAUGCCCAAAGGCGAAGGAUCCUUUGUGACCUCUUUGAAAGAUGUACCAUAUCGCAGCUGAGAUUUUGUAACAAUCACCUGCAAGGCAAAGUUCCGAAGGAGUCUGUGGAUUUCACAACCUUUCUCCCCAGAGUAUUGUCUUUAUACAUAUUUUCUUUCUUAGACCCUCGGAGCCUCUGCCGCUGCGCCCAGGUGAGUUGGCACUGGAAGAGCCUAACGGAACUAGAUCAGCUGUGGAUGCCCAAGUGCCUGCGUUUUGGAUGGUAUAUUAAUUUUACCCCCACACCAUAUGAACAAUGUAUUUGGAAGAGGCAGUACAUUGAGAUGGUAAAAGAUUUGAAUGUCACCAGACCAAGGACUCCUCCAAGAGAUGACUUUGUGGUUACUGACGUUCAGCCAAUUGCUAAAGAAGCCUUGGAUAUGAAGUCAUCAUCGGCCUUCAACCACCGAUCCUUAUCUAUCAAACAACAGAGCAAAGGAAAGGAUCUUCCACCAUGGCGCUCCUCUGAUAAACACCCAACAGACACCGUAAGAUUCAACUACUUGGAUAACUACGACCCUAUGGAGCAAGCACGCCAAGCACGAAAGUCUGGCUUUGGAACAUCCAACCGCAACCAUCAGGACUCAGAGAAAAGGACAAAAUCUUCACCGACUUCCUACAAGUUACGGAAAGCAAAGUCACUGAUGUCCGUUAUUGCUGAUUUUGAUAAGAUGGCUAAAGCUUCCUCCAGGCCAAGCUGGGCAGCCCACCAGACUACAACAUACCCAGUGACUAAAGCGAACGCCAAAAGUCUGGCUCAUAGCACAGAGUGGAAUGCUGGGAUUCGACCCGCGCCUGUAGCAUCUGCUGUACCCAAAAUAUCUGAACGUGGAAAGAAAGCCUACACUAGGACCUCCAGAAGCUCCCCAACUGCCCCUCUUUUCGAGAGUCAGCCCUGGGAAUUGCCCCCAUCGAAUGCUGGAUCGGAUGAAGAAUAGGAUUACUGCACCUGCUGGUAUACUCCAGCACUCGAGAGAACAAGGUGGCCGCCAUGUUUAACUUUCCUGGGAUUUAACUCAUGACUCGGUCCCCAGAACAUGACCCCAUCUACCAUGUUUUGUUAUUUACAGUGCCUUAGAUCCAAUCUCCCCUUUCAUGUGCUGUCUGCUUGUUCCUUGCAUGUUUUGUUCCUCCUCAGUCAUUGACGUGACAUCAUUAAGCCUAAAGGUGGAAGAGAAAGGUACAGACACAAUGGACAUUACAACACCAUGACCUGCCCUGAUUGCCUCAGUCUGAGUUUCCUGGGGGGUGACUAAUGACCCUCAAAGUACAUUGAUUAACCUCAUCUUGACAGAUUACAUACCACGACUGUCACAAUAUAGAGUGAU